AUGUUUCUCCGGUCGCUCUACGGGUCGCGUAUGCCCCAAGCUCUGCACCCCCGUGUUGAUCCUCAGGCUUCGAGUUACUGGCAGGAAGACACUGUCAGUUCCCAGGAGAUUGCGCGCGCUAUGGACGAAGAAGUCGACGCGUUCGACGAAGGAGGAAAGAAGACGAACGGCGUACUAGCGCCUGCUGUGGCUCUGGUCGGGGACGAGCAGGACAGUCGGCGCUGUGCUUUCCGCGGACUGUUGUCGCCAUUGACAGCUCUGCUGGGAACGGACGGUAUGGCGCUGGACGAUGUAGCGGGUCUGGGAGUCGCAGACAUGAGCUCGUCGCCCGUGAACGCACGUUUGUCGCCUGCUGGAUUGAUCUCUAUUGCUGCUGCCGACAUUGACGAGGCGGCCACAAACAGUUCGCAGAAUGUGCCGCCCGUGAAUGGCGGGCUGGACUUGGCGUUCAUACGCUCUCUGCGCCAAUCGUCUGGUGAAGCGGAGACUGGAGUUAGCUCGUGUAGCGUACUCCACGUGGCGAACACGGCACUGACGCACCUGCUCGGAUCCGUCCCUCCUACCCGCAGAAUGCUCGCUCAGGAAUCAGGAGAGAAUGCUGAAGCUGCGGAAAGUGAGAACAAGCUCUUCUCGCUCAUUCGUCGUCACUUCGAUAUGCUGAAAGCUUCAUCGUCGUUGUUGGCGCGUGCGUAUGAGAAAAGCCAUGAUGCAAAUGAGGGGCAGGGCAAGCUGCGUUUUCUGUCGUUGCUCCGUCGCAUCAAUGAACUCCGCUCACAACAAGUCGACACGGAGAGCUGGGACGGUCUUCCGUACCCACAGAUCAUCACCUUGCCAACCUUCAAGUACCGACUUCGUGAGCAACUUGCAGACGGCAAUCAGUCGGGAGUCGAUAGCGAAGUCAGCAACACGGUAUGUGCGGUGUGCUGUGAUGGAUUCAAGGCAGGGGAGGAAGUGCGCGCUCUUCCGUGCCUGCACUUCUACCACCGCGAGUGCAUUGACCAAUGGCUCAUGUGCCACCGCCAGUGCCCGAUUUGCAAGCAUGUCGUCUCCGUCUAUUAG